AUUCUUUCUUUCUUUUCUGUUCAUUGACAUUUGUACACAUUCCUUCAUUACUGUACCAGGAACACACAUACUUGCUCUUUUGCUUCCCUCCCCUUGCCCUUCUUUCCCCUUACGAUGAGGAUAUAUCUGAUCCCGCUAUCACGCAACGUCAAAGCAUUACAUUGUCACUCGACUAUAGCACCGUCCUCCUCCUCGUAUCUUAACCGUGCCACAACAUGGGCAAGCAAGAAGUGGGAGAAUCUUGGAAAAUCAGAGCCGGGUAGCAUGAAGAUUAAGCUCUAUGUCACUGGAUCUCGAAUGCUUGAGAGGAUCGAGCAUAAGGAAACAUUUUUCAAAGAAAUUCCAGCAAAAGAGGACGUAACCGCUACAACCAUGAUCCCUUUCAUGUAUCCAUCUAAGGUUUCAGAGAAUCAUGUGCGUGCUGAAUUCAAGGAUCUUAUUGAGCAAAGGAUACCGUACCACCGCAAAUAUAUGAUCUACUCGGCUUUAUGCGUACCUGUUACAUCUCUCUUCACUAUCGUGCCUCUGAUACCUAAUAUUCCAUUUUUCUAUAAUGCGUUCCGACUCUGGAGUCAUUGGAAAGCAUACAAUGGUGCAAAGCAUUUAGACUCGCUGAUCAAGGCUGGAACAAUAGAAUUCCAACCGAGUGAUAUCCUUAAUUUGGGACUGGCGCACGACCCCGAGUUUGCUGUCUUCUUCUGGGGAUCAAAUCAACUCUCAAGGAAAAGACAUGCACGCCACAAGCCCACCCAACAAGAUCCUAAUGCACCAGUCAUCGCCGAGUCUUCUGGAGAAGUAACCCCCACAUUAAACAACUUCAAGGAUUCAUCCACAGUGACAGCGGGAUUGACGGGAGCAGCCCAGGCGAAAGCACUGCACAACACGACGACAGCCAAGUCGGAUGACCCCAUGUCGGUCACGGAUCAUGUAGCCUUAGAGGGCUUUCUCACGGAUGCAGAGGUCGCAGCCAUCUGUGAGGCGUUUAAGGAGGCUCCCCAGAUGUCACGGGAAAUCAAGCGAGCCAGGUUCCAAGAGGCUGAUAAGUUUGUGAAGGAAAAGUUAUUGGAUAAAAGUAGACAAGGGAAGAAGGAGGAAUAGAGCUCACUCCAGCGUAAAUGGAUAUAUUACAGCACGACUUUCAUAGAAAUAUAAUAACAGCAUAAGUUUACUAUAGAUCACACAAAAUACAAUAAAAAAAAGCGCAGAUUGCAUGCGCAUUAUU